AUGAACCUUGAUGCUACGGACCUGCAUCCCUCGCAGGCCUUUCGACUGCGUACACCCCCAGGCUCAUCCACACAAGCCGAUAUCGUCACGGUCAAAACUCGACUCGACAAUAAAACCGACCAACACAUCGUUUUGUGGAAGGAUGUCCUGCUUUACUUUGAGAAUGCCAAAUGCGCCAUGAAAGCCGGAGAAAUAGUUGCGUUCCUGACCGACGACAGCUUUGUCCAUCUUGAGCCUCUGAGGAUCGAUCAUCAUCCUGGAGUUGUGCUCGACGUGAUUGUCAGCAGCACCGGACAAAAUACCAUCGGCCGUGCAAGGGAUGAAGGAUCUCUCCAGCAAACCGUAUCCACAGUGCCAGCCGCUCCCUCUUUCGCUAUGGGUAUGCUAGCCAAGGCCACUGCCCUCUUGCGACGCAUCUCGCUCUCGUAUGCGGCUGCUGAUGGCGCGGAAUCUGUUACACAGCAAGUCACUGCCCUCUCCAUAUUGGACCAGACGCCCUCGCAUAAAUGUCCCGUUGUCUGCUCAACCAAGAUAACACAGCAGCUGACCAUGUCUCCCCAGGCCCUCGAUCGCCCAGCCAUGAUCCAAAGCCGUGUCCAGGCCGCCCUUACCCAGACCUACGAGCCUCACGAGUACCCUCUUCCACGGCUCUUCAUUGUUCUCCCAAAGGCAUCAAGGCGUCGUGACAAGUUGCUCAAUCCUUUCUUGGACCAGUAUCGUCUCUAUUUUUUGUGCGAAUGCGGCACUCACACCAUGUCCGAGGGAACCAAGCUACCGCACGAGAUCCACCUGGCCAAACACGAGGGAUACGACCUAGGCCGCCCGAACGAGUUCUUUGAGAAGUACGGAUCCUAUGUCCUGACGCUGAUGCAGAUGAUCAAGUACGGAAUCACAAUCGCCGGGGCGGUUGUGCCACCACUGGCGCAUUUCAAGAUUGUAGAGGGAAUCGAGCCAGUCGGGGAGCAGCUCAAGUUCGUGAAAGAGAACUUUGGACCACUGGUAGACAAUACGAUCAACUUUAUUGAAGGCCAGCAGCAAAAUAACAAGGGUGGGGCAGACGCAGCUGAAGGACAGACGAGGAUGGACAAACUUGAUGUCCUAGAGGCAGCAAACCUUCGACAACUAGAGUCGUACCUGAAGGGCCAGGACAAGGGUCGCGCUCUAGGCAACCUGUAUCAGAUUGUCACUGCGGAGGGAUACGUCAAAUGGGUCUGCAUCAAUCAUUACCGUAAGAACUAUCAUGAGUCAGCAGUGCAGCAGUUGAGAGAUAUGGUGGAAGUCAACAAUGGAGGUUUCGAUGAGGAGAAGGGCAGGAUGAAUAUCAAUCUGAUAUCCGCCGACCAUGCAAAGCAGUUCUACAAGGCACUGGUCAAAGCACGAAGGAUCCAUGACCUGUCAGUAGAGCUGCAGUGGGAUAUGACACUGGACGAUCAUCGGAAGUUCCGUGCCGCUAUCACGAAUGCGAGCACAGCUUGCCUGACACUAGGAUUUCACCUUCUCUACAGUACCGAAUGGCCAGAAUUGAAUUCUAUCAGCCCUAAUCGAUGCUUUGACCCGACCAUGGAGCUCCUGUCAAACGGGCGACCCCAAUAUGCCGUACUAAGCGGGUUUGAGGACCUCUUCUCCCGGAUCAGUAGUUCCUCCAUCAGGCGCGCUCCACGACUUCGAAUUGUAACUAUAUGGUGCAUUCACCUCAAGGACGCCGCGUCCCAGACAACAUUCGCCAGAUUUCUUCAGAACUGUCCCAAUCUGACAAAGCUGCAGCUUGGAACAAGUAACCCGGGCGUCAUCUUCGAUAUAGUUAAGCACAAUGUUGAGUAUUUGUCAAACCUCAAAGUACUGGAACUAUUUUGUGGGACAUAUCCAAAGGUCCAUAUCAUCAUCGACUUUCUCAAGGGCGAGAUUCAGGGCGCAUGGGCCGAAUUAAACAGUACUUGGAGUUAUAACCCAUUGUAUCUGCCGUUUUUUCUGAAGGGUCUACUCACUCGACUGACGGUUACGAAUGCCGUUAUUGAUCAAGCGGAGGGAUUACUUCCAGUGAUCCUAUCCCUAAAUCCAAGGCUCUUGGAAGUCGAGCUCAAUUGCCCAUGUGCCCGAUUUCUUGAGAUGCUCAGCCUGAUUAUAUGGGCGAGAAAGCAAGGGAGAGAAGAGGGAUACAUCUACGCACCAUUACGAAUCGACUUUGAUUCCGACGGCACAGACGAUGAUCGUAUCAUCUCCGCUGUACGCCUCUCGGAGGAGUCUGAUGUGCUCGACAUGUCCACUGACAUCGAACUGAGGUCUGGAUCACGGCCUGAUCAGGACUAUCUCCCCCGGCUGAUCAGUGAAUACGAAUGGUCGAUCAAGGUACUGAAUACCCUACGUGGAGCACUCAGCGAUAUUAUUGCUCAGCAACUAGACAAAUCAACAAAAGAGAAGGGAUCUAAGAUCACGACUCUUAUGCAGGACUCAUAUAAUCUGUCCUCUGCGGGUCUGGAGUGCAUGGGUCGAGUCAUAGAUCGGUCGAGCUAUCUGCAGGUGCCCCAGUUCCACGUUGAUAACCCGUUGGUUGACGAUGCAGUGGAGAGCCGGCUGCUUUAUAGGCACAAGGAGGCGUUGACUGCGUUGAAGGUGGAUGUAACAUCGCACGAUUCACAUAUCCCAUGGCUCGCGAAAACCUUCUUGAUAAGACGCGAUGUGCGAAGGCUGAAGAAUGUCUAUUUCAGAGGCGAGUACAGAGUCCCUUUUCCGCAAGAGUACAUUCCGUGGCUCGCUGCAAUGGUCUCCUCUCCAAACAAUCCAUCCAUCCACGAGUCUUCCCUAUCACAGAGCCUCGCAAAUCCCCAGAUACCGCCGUCGAUCGAGGCUGCUGCUAAUGCUUCGACGGCAUGGGGGCCAUUGUAGGAGUUCGAACUGUCCAGAUUUUCACUUGAACCGGAAGACUGGAAGAUAAUUAUCGAGGCGCUUGAUUUUUCUAGACUGAAGGAACUAAGGAUUUCCGGGGGCAACUUUUCAAUCGAGCAGUUCAAUAUACUGGUCGAUUGCAUCUCAGACGUUGGUUCUAAUGUACCGUUAGAACGUUUCUACUUUUCUUGGCCAACUUUUUCUGAAGAAAGGGGGUUUGACUAUGCUCUGAAGCUAUACAGGACACUUGGUGAGGAAGCGCCUCAACUCGAACCUUUCGAAUAGUGAUCUCACGUUACAAAAAUUGUACUUGUUGGAAAUAAAG